ACUAUUUUUUCUACAUAUUUAUGCAACAGUUACAUCUAUAAAGUUGCUAGCAAAUAUAAACUUAUAAAAUCACGAAUACAUUAGCUUGGACUUGUGGACGAAAUUGCGUUUCAACGCAAUAAUAAAUCAUAUUUAUUUAAUUUUGCAAACUAAUAACAUUAUUGGUUCAAAUACCAUUUAUUCUGGGAAGUUCCUCAGAUUGAGGAUAAAUGGAUGCUUGAAGUUUGCUGCUUCAAAUUAUUAUGAGAAUAUCAGAAUGGAGAAUAAUGGAAUAAACGAAGAGUGUGAAGUUCAAGGGACUGGUACAACAGCCAAAAAAGAUGAAGCUUCUCAAAUAGUACAAAUAUGCUCAGAUGGAAAAAUAUCAACAGACUCUAAAAAUACUCAAGUCCGUGUUGUACGGGGUACUAAAAAAGUAAAAAUAGAUACUAGUGAUAAUAAUAAUUGCGAAAAGAAAGAUUCUAAAGAUGAAGAAACUAAUAUGGAACCAAAAGUAAAAUCUCUCAAAAGAUCUUGUGAGUUAUGGUCUAUGGAAGAUAAGAAUACUUUCUUCAAGGCACUAAACGAAUAUGGAAAAGAUUUUGAUGCCCUGCAAAGCUAUUUCUUAUGUCAGGGAAAAAAGAAAGGUCUACCAGAUGUUAUGAUAAAAAACAAAGAACAAAUACGGCAUUUUUAUUAUAGAACCUGGCUGAAAAUUUCUAAGCAUUUAAAAUAUUCAGAAGAUAUAAAGAAAACUUCUCAAGAAUUAUAUGGUUUGAUCAAUUAUGGUGAACUCAGAAGAAAGCUACCUAGGAUACACGAAAAAAUACAUUUGAAGUUAAAUGAAUUAGUUUAUUGGGGAUCAACACAAGUAAGAUUAAGAGGAAAAACUAUGAGAAUAAAGACACCUAUAUGUAGAGCAUUGAGAAAAUUAAAUCAGUUGGAAGAUUGGCAAGAAGAGAUUAAGUUACCAUCUAGAAUAACAAUUGAAUUAAGACCUCGCAAUAAUAUGGCUUGGUGGCAGGUGCAGGCAUCAUCUAUGAAUCCAAGAGUACGCACUUUACUACCUAUACAACGACGUCUGUCUAGUUUAUUAAUAUUUUUACAACAGAGAUGGAGGCCUGCAAAGUACAACAUACCUUCUAAUGUAGAAAAUGCAGCUGUUAAUGAGCUGAAAGAUACCCGCCUUUUACGGGUCGCACCAUCCGAAGGGUGUAAAAUUACUCUGCCAAUAGUAAAUCUUGGCGAAUAUCUCACCAGCAAUAGUGUUAGUUUAAAUUCUUAUGAAAAACGUCUGGGUUUAAAGAGUUCCAGAAUGAACUUAUUAGGGUCAGUACAAUAUUUAAAAGGAGUUGGAAAGAAGGGUAUUAAAAAGAGUAAAGUAGAUAAGAAGUGUUUGAAUCGAGCCGAAGAUAACUGUACAUUGCCAGACAACAACAGCGACGUGGAUGGAAUAGAGUCUGGCAGUAAUAUUUCAGAGAAACCUUCGACUCUUAAUAAUGAAGAAAAAUCAAAUUCGGAACAUCAGACAGAACCCAACAGGUUUCCAGGAAGAGAGACGAUUGAAAGAAUUCGAAAGGGAUGGAACGUUGAAGAAGCAAAUACUAUCACUGUAGGAGAUUUAUUUUUAAUGUUCGGUCGCGAGUCGAAAAUUACCUUGGAGUAUUGGUGGGAUUGUCAUCCCGAAGAACAGAACACUGGAGAAUCUACGUCGGGUUGUUUGCGCGAUAGUAAUCUGUGCCUAACUUUGCAGAAGUUAUUAUCUAUAGCAAAACAUAGUUAUGGUACGAGUAAGGGAUACGAUAAUACUUCUGGAAGUAACGAAACUGUGAUUUCAUCUCGUGUUCUUUCAACAAAAGAAUCAACCUUUAGAAGACCUCUUGUUCCACAAGCUUACCACAAAAUUGGUGCAUCGGAUGCUUUUAAAACACAGUUAGAUAAGUUCAAGACGCGCUUUUGUAAACGGGGGAGAACGGUAAGACAAAAAAGUCUCGUUGUACAAAGGGUAUUACCUAUAAUAUCUACAUCGGUUACUCCACCGUCGGACAAUCUACAAUCCACGUCAGACAAUUUAACGCCUACCCUUCCAGAGGCGAAUAAAAUAAAUGAUUCUUCUGUCAAUAACAACGAGCAACAAAAUGAUAAAUCACUAACUAUGAAUGUAAGUGAACAACAAGAGAAACAUUUUUUGGACGAACUUGAAGUAGCAAGGGAUCCGAAACCUACAAAUUCUAUCAUAACAAGUGCUACACAGAUUCUUAAAGAAGGAGAACAUCAGUGGUUAAACAGUGAGGUAGCAGAUUUUUCAUUGAGUAGCUUUUUGGGUCAACUCGAAUCCCCUAUGAAAAUUUCUCAAAGAAGUCAACACGGAGACAAUAUCAUAGAAGAUAGUCGACCAUCGUCCGAUGUCGUGUCGCAUAUGCAGUGCCUCAUGGGUGAAAGUAGUGUAGAUUAUAUGGCAAAAUUUGCAAAUCUUGCAUCACAAAUGGCAUCGGAUGAUAGUAAAAGAUAAGAGAAUAUAAUUUUUUUAACAAUUUUUAACCGGACAUCUAUAUUAAAUCAUUUAGAUUGGAUAAAGUUUUAUAAUUGGAGCAUAUACCAAUAUUUGGACUGAUUUAUUUAUCUUUUUGGUAUUUAAUUUAUCGAUCACAUGUUACCAUAAUAAUGAAACUGCUAAUGAAUAAAGAACUCAAGAUUGUUUCAUAUCACAUAAUUCAUGUGCAUACGAAGUCCCGUUAUAUUCCGACUGAACUCCUGUACAAUUUCAUUUUCUUUUAAUUUGCAAACAUAUUCAACACUUUGUUGUUAAAAACUUAGAGAUUUAUAGGAGGCAUGGUACAAAUGCGAGAAGAAUACAUUUAUAGGUGAUAUUUCCUGUCCCUGUUUAAUCUGUGGCGCGAUACUUAUGUAUGGAAUUAUUUAGGCAAGUUUCCGUCUAUAACACUUGGUAUUGCAUUGCAGUCCCAUGUAACUAAUUACGUACGUUGAAAGAAGAAGCAGUAAAUUCCUUUCAUAUAAUUUCCUUCACAGAAAAAGAUGAAAAAAAAUUCUGCAUUAAACUAUGAUAACAGAGUAAACGCAAGUACUUACAUUUUUUUACUUUUAAUAUUUCCGAAAAAUUAAUUAUAAUUUCAUACCAAUUUUACAGUUUCUUUUUAACACUAUUGCUGUACUUGGAACAAAAAGGCUUUCAUGAAUGAUUACAACUUUACGGAUGAAGUUAUGCUUGAAGACUAAGAAUAUGAUAUAAGAAUGCAAAAUUGAAUAUUAUUAUCCAACAAUGAUCCAGGAAAUAGUAGCUAUUAUAAGACUUAAAUACUUUAGAAUCGCAUAACGUUGAAAAAUGAAAAAGGUUGAAAUUGAAAUCAAAGUGCAAAUCAGUCGAGAUAGCAAUUUUCAUCUAAAAUUAGAUUUCUAUACAUAUAUAGGGAGAGAGAUUUGCAAAAAUUAGAAAUACGUGCGUGGAAUAUAAUUGAAACGAUAAUGAGCGGAACAUCCCGAGGAUACUUGUAUUCUUGGAAACGAAGCCUAUAGUCUUUUCAACGGUGCAUUGCGAAACAGACGUUGUAAAUGAUUCAUACUGCCCACGUCCACGUGAUCUUAUGCGUAUGCACCUAUCAAGUAUUUGUUAUUUACAGAUGUGAUUUCCCCUGGACGCAAGCACUUUGUGCAAUGAACUGGUUUUACUUGUUUUAUCGAUCACAAAGACCAAAUCAUUAAUCAAGCCUGCUUUCUUUAGAGUAUAAAAUAAUUUUUAACAAAAAAUACAACCGACUUCGACAUGCACUAAAAAGUAUGAAAUAAUUUCUAUUUCAUUUAUACAAAUACUAUACAAUAUUAUACAAAUAUAUUUCAACCUUUUCGGAGGCGGUGCAAAAUCUCCUUUCGAGGUCGGUUAAAAAGAUGAUGCCAUUGACUCUUUAGAAGGACAUAGAGGGGGGAAAAAAAGAUGUGUUCAGAAGACUUCGGACUUGAAGUUCCGAGUACUACGCUUCGCAAGAUAAAAAAAAUCUACCAUAAUAUGGAACCAGAAAGGGGAAAAGAGGAUAACGCUUCGUUCUUAAUUUUUCUUUGCCCCUUUUAUUCCGUCUACGUACGUGCUUUUCAAGAAACUUGAGAUACUGGUAACCCCUGCAGGAUGAUCACCCUCAUUACUCCCCUAUCCACUGGAUCCGACGUCUUUUCAAGGAUUUCAUGCAACAAGUAUUAUACUUUCGAUUAGUCUGAGGGUCAUGUCACUGUUGCAAUUAAAAAAAUUUCCCAAUCACGAUUCCCGGCGACAAAAUUUACAUAUAGGCUAUAUUUAUUCGCGAGUCAAUUAUGUUUCGAUCGACGCGAAGUAAUUUUCUGAUUGUAUUCGGAUAAACGAAUGGAAAUUAAAAAAAAAAGAGGCGACAGAAUUCUUGCUAACGAUUAAAAACGAUCACGUGCACACGAUGGCUACAGUGUAUCGAAACGACGUUGCAUUACAAUGCUCGAAGGUUGAUAUAAAUUUAUCUGCAACAAUGUAGAAACUAUUACAAUAUAUUAUACAACAUUAAAAUCGACAGUGAUCAAUUGGAAUUUGUUUCAAAGAAAACGAAAUGUUUAUUUUUGAACUGUGAUGUGCAUAAAAUGAGAUAAAAGAAGAGUGAAGUACAAGGAAAGGCGAAGUGUGAAUGAAAUGGAAUAAAAUAUGAUUGAAAUGGGGAAGUGGCAAUGAACUAGUAUCAAGCAAGUGGAAGUCAUGAAAGUGGUUACACCGGAAAUGACCGCACCGAAACCGACAAAAACGUGGUUUAUAGAUUAUAUCAGAAUGAUAUGUAUAAAAAUGGAAGAGGAAACAUAAAUUCUGAGAUGGUAUUUGGAAGACGAGAAUCCCCGGGACCUUGAAAAUUGCAUCGAAAAUGUGGCUGAGAGAAUUCUGUUUGUCAUUUCGAUUGAGGACUUAUUUUUUAUCCGACUUCGAAAAGGAGGAGGAUACUCAAUUCGAUCAGUAUAUAUUUAUUUUUUCUUUUUCUUUUUCUGGCUUUGUUAUUUUUACGGGAGACCCAAAUGAUUCAUCCUUGCGGAGAUAGCACCGGUCAAAAAAUAAGAUGAAUCUCAUGCGAUAAACAGGUUCGAAAGUUGUUCAGGAAUUUUUCGAUUCGUCGUCAGUGAGAGGGAACGCGACGAAAUGGAAUGCAGAUUGUACGUAAUCUUUCGAUUUUUUUAGCGGAUGAAAAAAGGUUUUAAUGCGGGAAAAAAAAAAUGGGAACGAGAAUCGGCUGAAAAUCAAAGCACGAUACUGUUAGUGCGAUUAUCGUUCUUUGAAUCAGCAAUUAGUAAUCUUUAGCAGUUCUGUGGAUUGCGGUUAAUACACACGAUAAAGAACCGUCGUGGAGACGUAAUGAGAAAAAAGAAGAAAAGAAGAAAAACUGAAAGAAAGAAAAAUACAUCGUAAAAUGAAAUGAAGACCAUGGUACUACCAACAUGUUUACACUCCGAUGUCUCGACAUCGUGCCGUACUAUAAAUAAACGAGUCCAUAGGCGUCGCGAAUAUUGAUAGACUGUUUGGCAACGUGCAAGUCUGAAAGAAAGUAAACAGUCCUACGCCUUGCAUCAGAUGCAUUUAACCGGUCCACCGAAAGUGUACCCCGAAUGACGUCCAAAGGACGCGAUUUUCGUAUAACUGCAACUUCAACUUCUGACGCACGUAAAAACCUACGGCAUUGUAAAUGUAACAGGUAUUCCAGAAUAAUUUGGUGUGCAUGCGAAACACGUUAAGGUAUCUCUUAUUUUUUUUUACUUCUUUUUGCCGUAACGUUUUAUCCAGCAAUCUAUCGUAUCGUGUUACGACGACAAACAGAGAGCGUGUUGCUAUUAAUAACACUGAAUAAAAAUCUCUUGCAGAUCUUCAACCGCUUCAAUGUCAUUGUUGGGAAAAUUUCAACAUUCGAUUUAAUCGAAGAAAGGUAUUUCGUCGUACAGGUUGCCGAUUUGCUAAUCUCGAUCGUCAAACUGUGUUUCAGGGAAGAUUUUGAGAAAACCGAAUCGAAGCUCUCGAUAGUGAUUUGAAUUUGAUGCAAAUUAGAUAACCCGAGAAAACAUUAGAUUCUCUGCGAAAACAAAAGACUCGUGGAAAGAUUUGUAAACAAAAUUAUUAGUAUACGAAACAUCGUAUUUAGAUAUACGAAGCUUGUAUUUUCAUAAAAAAGUAAUUAGUUGGCAAUUAAUGACAACAAACACACGAGUGCAAUCAGGCUUUUAUUUUAAAUACAACCGAUAAAAUAUGCAAUGUUUGCAAGCAGGGAAACGGGGUCAAUGUCAAUUAAUUAAACUCGAUUACAAAGAUGGAAAUCAUCAACAAUUAUAUUCUUCUAGUCCACGUAUGAAUUUUUCAGAGCAUCGUCUGUUCAUUGACAUUUACAUUUAAAAAGGUUCUACAUGCGCGGCAAACCAGGCGCAAUCAACAGCAAACUGCAAAGAUGUUCUGCAACGACGACUCGCCUUAUCGUAUCGCACCUGCGACGCCGUCCAAUCAGCCUAACAAGAUCGGGAAGAACAAAAUAUAAUUCACCGUAGUAUUAGCUCAUUAACUAUACCAGAGGUCUGAAAUAUGUUAUUUUCAAGACAGCGCCUUUUAUAAAUAGAUAAUUGACACUGUU